CAUUCACACGAUCACACACACACACACAAGUUAUAGUGACAAAGAAAGCAAAGAUGAUCACAAUACAAAGAACAAACAUAUGAUGAUAAACACUUGAGUUUGACCAAUUGUAUAACAGCCAAGGGUCCAAAGACAUAGAGGUCAGUCAAAAGGUACAGCCCAAGUGGACCAAGACGAUCGAAGUCGGAUUUUCGAUCGUGGAAGAUGAUACGCCUUGCAAGAGGGCGGAUACGGCCGGCUGUACGAGAAAUACAGCAUCAAUCGCCUCUUGCAUUCUUGUACCCUUCGAUUGGCAGUCUUGAUGCUUCUAAAAACCCUUUUGAACGAAGUCGAAAUGAAAAAACGCCAGUCGCAUCGACAUCUUACUCGACCUUACAGCCAUCAAAGAAGGUCAAUGCGGAAGAAGCAGUGCCGUAUAGGAGAGAGUCGGCAGAAAGCUUAGAAGCUGCACUACAAUAUAGAAAGAGAGGAAAAGCUGCUCUUUCAGACAGAGCAUCUUCGAUCGACAGUCGCUACGAUUCCGCUUCCUAUGUCGGAGUUACAGAAGCCCAACGCCAAAGAAAUACAAGUGAUCGAUUCGGAGGGGGCGAUGAAAGCGAUCCGAAAGGAAAACGGCCCGAAAGACAAUCAAUCGAGUCAAAAAGACAGGACAUCUUACUAGGGAGAACGUUUGUUCGCGAUAUUAUGAAAAAGCCACUCGAAUCAGCCUUUACAGUAAAUGAAGUGGAAUUAUUGGACGAAGUAUCAGAAACGUAUUUUCGAGAUGCAGAGAAUGAAGUCGAAUUGCUGGACAAAUUAUUGCCAGAUUUAGCAUUAGCAUACUUGCAUGUAGGACAAGAUCAACGUGCACUUGCACUGUUAGAACGUGCGAGCAAGAUAGGUGCGAAUUCGGAGUCAUAUACAUCAACACCUCUUCACUCUUGGAAAAAGGUUUUGGCAACUGCAUUCACUCGCGGCAAGUAUGAGCUCACUGCCGAUUUCGUCAAAGCUGCGUCUGGAGGGUUGAAUGAAGAAGAUGAUUGGGCUAUGUUGGCUAGAUUUGAAGCAUUGUUGUUACAUCGCAGAUUUAAACGAUCGGAAAGUUCUGCAACAGAUUCGGUCAAUGUAGAUCAGUAUUGGAAGGAAUAUGAAGCUCACGACAGAAAAGCACCCGAACUUGUGUUUACGACUUUAUUAGCAGAGCAAGUGAAAGAUGGAAAGGCAGAAGCCGUACGGCAGACAUUGAUGGCCACACGAGAGCACGGACAUGUGAUUGACGGCAGGACCUGGGGAACUUUGCUUGGAAUGCAUCCACGGGGCAGACGGAAAGGUUUUCUGGGCGAACUCGCGAAAGAAUUGGACGUCGAUGGUCAGCAAGCGUUUGCCAGUGUGGUCUCGCAUUUCAGCUCUCAUAAUAACCCUCGUCGAGUGUUGCUAGCUUUUCGCAUGUUUGGUGUAGGAAAGGACCUCCUCAGCAAGCCUGAAAGAUGGAUUCCCGAUUUCGACACCAUGCGAGCAGUGAUUUCCAUGUUCGGUUAUCGCAACAAUCCUGAAGCAGCAAUGAAAUUCUUACAGCUAGCUAUCGAUCUCGACGUCCAAGGAGAUUACACUGCCAGCUAUUUGGCGAUUUCUAAAGCAUUGCGCAAAGACAGCAGACCGGAAGAUGCCCUCGUCUUUGCAUCACAUAUGGUUGGAAUUUGUUUGCAAAAUCAAGGCAGGCCACACUCGCUCAAUUUUCACUUGCCCAAACCGAUUGUGAAACCUUCGAAAAGAUGUUUCAGAGAAUGUCUUCGUGUAUGUUCAACAAUAUACGAUCCCGUAGAUGCUGUCGAAAAGGCGCGAGAGGUUUUAUUGGAUCUUAUCAAGAUCCGAGAAAUUACCGAGGGAGUUCUUCAGGGUACUGUAGCAUUAUUCAAGGCAAUAAUGCAAGACGCAAGUUACAAGCAGCUGUCAACUGUUAUGACUAAUUUAUCCAAACAUGCUUUGCAACGAUCCCAGGAAGACGGCGAUCUAGCUUUGAACAUAUUUAUCGACGCUCUCAAUUCAGAAGGUGCCAUCGAUCAAGUGAUCGUUGCUAAAAGAGAACAAAUCCCAUCUCCAUCCCGGGACGCAAGGGAAAAUCUCGAAUGGGUAACAAAAUCACACGAAAUUUCCAACUUUAUCGGUGGAUACUCUAAUCCCACAUUGCAGAUUGAAGAAACGCCAGAAGGUCGUGCAGCAUCGCUUCUCGAGGCCGAAGAAAUGAGCGCAGAUCCAUAUGUUCAUCUCACGCCACGACUAACUCCAAUGGCAUAUGCGUUGAGGCUAAGAGUGUUUGCAGUUGUUCGACAAGAUUAUGGUUCGGCAGUCAUCAUUUAUCGAUAUAUGUUGGCUAAUGGGAUUAAGCCUACUGUUCAUCAUAUUGCACCUAUUUUGGAAGGUUUGGUGACGAUAGAUCGACUUGAAGAUGCGCGCGCUAUUCGUGAUGGAGCACGACAAACGUUAUCCGGUAUUGAUUCUUCCCUGCGUAUCUCUGCUGCAAUCAUUCGAGGUCAUUUACGCAGGAAUGAUUGGUUAGGAGUACAGCAAGAAUUAACGGAAAUGAGAGAAAGGCGAGUUCAUCCAGAUGCUUUCAUUCUUUCUAUGGUACGUAUGGCGCAAAUGCAUUAUAAGGAUUCAAAAUCUCAAAAUCUUGAAAAAUUGAACGAAACCAGCGUAAAGGCACAAGAAAGUAUGGAACCGUUGCUAAAAGAUUUGGAAAACAAAGCGCACCAAAAAAUUCGGGAGGAAUAUGAAAAUCACGUUUGGCUACAAAAGAAAAUGGGUAAGAAGAACAAAAAUGAUAAUUCCGGCCAAAUCGCAAUUUCAUCAAUGCAAAAGCCGACAAAGAAGCGUCUAUCCGUGCAGAAUACGACCAAAUAUUAUCAAAACUUGUAUCAAAGCCAAAAGCACCUACUCGCUUUGCAGUAUCUCUCAAAUUCGUUGCGCGCUGGUCUUGUUCCAGAUGACAGAUUACGAACGUCGAUACAAAGUCAUGGAAAAUUCCUUGAAAGAGAUUUGAAGGAAAAUGGCAUGAUAAUGCAAACGUUGAUUGAUUAUAAAGGUCGACCCAGACAAUUUCCAUACGAUAAAGUUCAGGCUGAAGAAGAAACCGUAGAAGCAAGACGUAUUGCUCGUCGUGCCAGAUUCUCCAAUAGACGUCUUGCAAAUUAUUGGGGCCCUGUCGCCCAGCUUUGGAAUGAGCUUCGCGAGAUUACAAGUGGUCUCCAUCCUUCCCAAAUUGAAAGACAGAAACGUGAAAAUCAAGCAAUGGAGGAUCUACUUCGAUUGAUUGUGGACUUUUAUGGUAGCAAUCGAUUGAUAGAGGAAGCGAAGGAGGAAAGAAACACUGAUGCCGAGAGUAUCAAAGGAACACCUAUACCAUCAACACCACCACACUAGAAGAAGUCAAGUUGACUUUUGUCGACCUACAUUGCAUCUGUACUUUAUACAUCCAUUGUCAUCUUUAGAAGAUUCUAUGAGAAUUGCAUUUGCGGUCCGUAAAGCAUGAAUGUUGCUAUGAUGGACGUAUCUAAUAAAGGUUUGGCCAAAUGUGUCGCUCUUUUAUAUUCGUAGAUGAUGUCGGCGCGUAAUUGUAUACUAGCACAAAGCUUACUUGGCUGUCAAGGAGGACACUUCCGUUCUUGACGAUCAAACUUUGCCUCAAGGAGUGAACAGUUGGUUGGCCACCUCAAAGCAACCAGUUCAAUUCAUUGUCACCGUCUGAUCACUAUUUCAUACUUUC